AUGAGGGAGAUGUUCAAUUUCUGGAAGAGGAACGAGCGCAUGGAAAGAGAACUCAAAAAGAAAUACGAGAAGGAACUCAUCGAUAAAGCAAAGCGUGAAGAAGAAGAAAGAGAAGCUAAGCGUCAACUGCGGAAACUCAAUUUUCUUAUCACCCAAACUGAGUUAUACUCUCAUUUCAUUGGUAAGAAGAUCAAGACAGACGAAAUCGAAGGCGCCGAUCGAGAUCCUACGCUUUCGAGUCCACCUGCCUCCACUGGUAAUUAUGAUCUUGAUACUGGAAAUAAUGUUAAAACUGACUUCCAUGCCAUUGAUUUCGACAAUGAAGAUGAGGAUGCAUUGAGAAGAACCGCAGCUGCAAAUGCCCAAAGCGCACUCGAAGCUACCAGAUCGAAAGCUAAGGCGUUUGAUGAUCCAGAUACCAACCAUGAUGAGAUGAACUUUCAAAAUCCUACCCUUAUGGGCGAUAUAAACAUCGAACAACCAAAACUUCUCAAAUGUCAAUUGAAGGAGUAUCAAUUGAAAGGACUAAAUUGGCUCGCUAAUCUUUAUGACCAGGGUAUCAAUGGUAUUCUUGCCGACGAAAUGGGGUUGGGAAAAACAGUGCAGAGUAUAUCUGUGCUUGCAUAUUUGGCCGAGCACCACAAUAUUUGGGGUCCCUUCUUUGUGGUAACUCCAUCGUCUACUCUUCACAAUUGGCAACAGGAGAUUGCUAGGUUUGUACCUGAGUUCAAAGUAUUGCCUUACUGGGGUAAUGCAAAAGAUAGAAAGAUCUUGAGAAAAUUCUGGGACAGAAAGCUGUUGAGAUAUGGAAAGGAUGCUCCAUUCCAUGUGUUGGUGACAUCUUACCAAUUGGUUGUUGCCGAUGCUGCCUACUUCCAAAAGAUGAAAUGGCAAUACAUGAUCCUUGAUGAAGCCCAAGCAAUUAAAUCUUCACAGUCAUCAAGGUGGAAAACGUUACUUUCGUUCUCAUGUCGUAACCGUCUUCUCUUGACGGGUACUCCAAUCCAGAACUCUAUGCAAGAAUUAUGGGCGUUAUUGCACUUUAUCAUGCCUUCUCUUUUCGAUUCGCAUGAUGAGUUUUCGGAAUGGUUCUCCAAGGACAUAGAAAGCCAUGCACAAUCGAACACACAACUCAACGAGCAGCAGUUACGCCGUCUUCAUGUUAUCUUGAAACCGUUUAUGUUGCGUCGUAUCAAGAAGAAUGUGCAAAGUGAACUUGGUGACAAGGUCGAAAUUGACAUCUUCUGUGACUUGACCAACAGACAGAAGAAGUAUUAUCAAAUGCUCAAAUCUCAAAUUUCCAUUAGGGAUAUUCUCGAAUCCGCUAGCUCCUCCAACGACGACUCGCAAUCUUUGAUGAACUUGGUUAUGCAAUUUAGAAAAGUGUGUAACCAUCCAGAUCUUUUUGAGCGAGCGGACGUGAAGUCGCCAUUCUUGUUUGGUCGGUUUGCUGAGACGGGGUCUUUCUUGCGGGAAUCAGACCUUGAGCUUCAGUAUUCCACAGAGAGCGAUCUUCAGUUUUCGAUCCCUAAAAUUGUGGCAGAGGAACUUUUAGUUCCUGGAGAGAAUAAUUUUGUGGGCUCAAAGAAAAAAUUGUUAAGCAUGUUCAACAUAUACGACCCUGCCAACAGUAGCGAAGAAAAUUACAAUUGGCUUCGUUUUGUCAACACCUCACCAUCUGACUUGAACAAGAUGGCGAAGAAGGGAAUAAUAGAGCGGGCAGCUGAUUUCAAAGAGUACACUGACAUAAAUUAUGAAAAAGAGAACCGUUUGGAAUACGUCUACGGAAAGGAUUUCGAACCUCGACAACUGAAGCUUUUGAUAUCGAACCGGUAUAACAAUCAUGCACUUAUUGAUAACUCUCAGAACCUCAAGGAAUUAUACUCCAUCAAGUCCAAAGUCUACGAGGAUAUUUAUGCCAACGUUAUGCAUCGUGCUGCUUCUCCAAUUGCAAUUAGUAGUCCAGUGUCCAUCACUUGCAACAGCAAUUCCUACUUGAACCAGCUCCAGACUAACUUAUUUGACUCGAACAUGAAGUCAAAAAUCAUGCCUUUGUCGUUGAAUCAAGAGCUUACAUUGCGCAAAGAUGAAGUCCCCGUUCCACAGUACCCCAAGUCCAAUCUCCUUCCACCCACCUUGAACAAAUUCUUUGACUAUUCUAGCAUUCAAAUGCCCUCAAUGGACCGAUUCAUCACAGAGUCUGGAAAAUUAGCUCGUCUCGAUCAACUCUUGGUGGAUUUGAAAGGUGACGAUCAUAGAGUAUUGAUCUAUUUUCAAAUGACGAAAAUGAUGGAUUUGAUGGAAGAGUACUUGACGUACCGUCAACACAGGUACAUCAGAUUGGACGGAUCCUCCAAGCUCGAAGACCGUCGUGAUCUCGUCCAUGACUGGCAAACAAAACCUGAGAUUUUUGUGUUUCUUCUUUCCACUCGUGCUGGUGGUUUGGGUAUCAAUUUGACUGCCGCCGACACGGUUAUUUUCUACGAUUCUGACUGGAAUCCAACCAUUGACUCCCAAGCCAUGGAUCGUGCUCAUAGACUAGGACAAACCAAACAGGUAACUGUGUAUCGUUUGCUUGCACGAGGAACGAUCGAAGAGCGGAUGAGAAACCGUGCAAAACAAAAAGAGCAAGUGCAACAGGUUGUCAUGGAAGGUAAAGCUUCCAAAAAGGAAGAUUCUGCUAAGGAUAAGAAGAAGGAUGUUGCAUUCUUGUUAUUGGGUGAAGGUGACGAACUACCAUCUACUGGGAACACCACCGAUGCAGAGACAGAUAGACCUAAGAGUUCCAUCAAGAACCUUGAAGAUUUGUAUCAUGAAGGCGAAGGUGAGUUUUCCGGCGCGGGAACACCGGCAUUGUGA